UCGUCGAAAACAUCUCUUGUCAGUCUGUCGCUUCCCGUAAAAGACUUAACAUUAUUUUUUCUAAUUAUUUAGAAAAGUGCAACAAAUAGAAGAAAUUUGUGUCAAAUAUAAUGAACAAUGUGAAAAAUAAAAAUUGGCUCAAUAUAAAUAAUAUAUGAAAUAUUUCAUGCUCUUCUCCGUGAGUUUUUUUGUUUUAAAGUAAAAAAAUGGACGUGGAAAAUUGUGACUACGAUGAACUUGCUUUUGAUGAAGCUUGUGUUCUCCUGAGAAGUAAUUCAAAUUCCACAGACCUGUGGCUGUAUUCAUUAUCUUUCGACUGUAUUGCAUGCCCGUAUACUCGUAUAGGAAAUAUUUUUAAGGAAACUAAUUUGAGUGUAAAGUUCAACACAGCCAAAUCCCACCGAUGGAAAAUUCUCAGAAGUAAUGGAUCUGAAGAUUAUUUAUCUGAGUCUGAUAUGAGAAAUACCUUGUACCAUUUCCUGCCGCGAAUGGAGCAAUUUGGAUUUUACCAGCUAACAGUCAAUGACACGAAUUGUGAUUUCAAAACCAUCAAAAGACCUACAAAUUCAUACACGCCACUUGCGAUUACAAUUGGGAUUAUCGUUACCUUUCUGAUUGGCUUAUUGGCUGUGAAAUGGUGCACCAAUCGAAUGAAAAAAAAAUUUGAAAAAAAUUUCGACGUAAAUAGAAUUCAGGAAAGAUCAGGUGCGAAACCUCGAGUCCAAUCUAUCGACACAGUCAGAGGGAUCAGUAUACUGUUUAUGAUUUUCGUGAAUGAUGGGGCCGGAGGUUAUCCGGUACUCGAGCAUGCAACUUGGGAUGGUUUGCUCGUCGGAGAUUUAGUAUUUCCAUGCUUCAUGUGGAUUAUGGGAGUCUGCAUACCUAUAGCUCUUUCCUCUCAACUCUCGAGAGGUAUCUCAAGACUUUCCAUAUGUUCUUCAAUCGUUAAGCGCAGCCUGAUGCUUUUCUUCAUUGGCUUAUGCCUGAAUACAAUUGGCACGGAGGCUCGACUUGAAGAAAUUCGAAUUUUUGGAGUCCUGCAGAGAUUUGGUGUAGCGUAUCUAGUAACUGGUAUCAUUUAUACUUCCCAAUGUCCCCGGAAAAAGAAAGAAGCCCAGAUGCUUCUUAUAAUUCAGAGAACAAUAACUAGAAGUUUUAUGGACGUCAUAACUUUAUGGUCCCAGUGGCUCAUGAUCUUGUGUAUUGUCUUGAUUCACUGCCUAGUAACUUUACAAUUUUGGAUCCCAGGAUGUCCCAAAGGCUAUUUGGGCCCGGGUGGUCGUCAUGCAGAUGGUAAAUAUACAAACUGUACCGGCGGUGCAGCCGGAUUUAUUGACAGGAAUUUAUUGGGUGUAAGGCAUAUUUACAAACAGCUUGCCAUCCGGUCAGUGUACGGAUCCGGUCCAUUCGAUCCUGAAGGAAUUUUAGGUUGUCUCACAUCCAUUUUUCAAGUCUUUUUGGGUGUUCAAUGCGGACAAACGUUGAUUUACCACAUGAAUUGGAAAGGAAGAAUAAUUAGGUGGAUUUCUUGGGCUUUAGUCCUAGGGUCAUUGGGAUCUAUCCUCCAUUUCAAACAUUAUAUACCGGUCAACAAAAACUUGUGGUCUCUUUCAUUUGUGCUUGUCACAUCUUGUUUUUCAUUGUGCUUGCUUACGGCGUGUUAUCUUUUCAUAGACGUUGCCAAGAUAUGGCGUGGUGGACCGUUUCGUAUUCCUGGAAUGAAUGCACUGGCAAUGUACAUUGGGCAUCAGAUUUGCUAUCAAAUACUUCCGUUUAAUUGGAAAAUCGGUGAAAUGAAAACUCAUGGUUGGUUAUUAGCGGAAUCAUUGUGGGGCGUCGCUCUGUGGAUUGUGGUUUCUUACAUUCUGCAUAGAAAAAAAAUUUAUAUUACUUUGUAAAUUUGUAGUCAUGAAAUAAAUUUCUAAUUUUAUAG